CAUAAAUAGGUUGCUCCUUGCAAAGGCAGGCUGUCUGCAGACGGUGUUGGCCCCCCUGUUCUUCCGAAGGCGGCAGCAACAGCCAGAGGUAUUCCUGGGAAGAUGGCAGAACAGCACGGAGCACUGGAGCAGGCUGUGGCUGGCAAGAGCCGUGGAGGCCUUGGAGGCAGCUACAAGGUGAUCGUAUACGAAAUGGAGAACUUCCAGGGCAAGCGGUGCGAGCUCUCAGCUGAGUGUCCCAACCUGACGGACAGCCUGCUGGAGAAGGUGGGCUCCAUCCGUGUGGAGUCGGGGCCGUGGCUGGCAUUCGAAGGCAGAGCCUUCCACGGGGAGCAGUUUGUCCUGGAAAAGGGGGAUUACCCUCGCUGGGAUGCCUGGUCCAACAGCCACCACAGUGACAGCCUCCUGUCCCUCCGGCCUCUGCACAUGGAUGGUCCGGAUCACAAGCUUCACCUGUUUGAGAACGCGGCUUUCAGUGGCCGGAGGAUGGAGAUAGUGGAUGACGACGUGCCCAGCCUCUGGGCUCAUGGCUUCCAGGACCGUGUGGCGAGCGUCCGGGCCAUCAAUGGGACGUGGGUUGCCUAUGAGUUUCCCGGCUACCGCGGGCGCCAGUACGUGUUCGAGCGGGGCGAGUACCGCCACUGGAACGAGUGGGACGCCAACCAGCCGCAGCUGCAGUCCGUGCGCCGCAUCCGCGACCAGAAGUGGCAUCAGCGGGGCUGCUUCCUCCGCAGCUGAAGGGCGCCCAGGCCCCAGCGGGCCAGGCCUGCCUUGGGGGUUCAGCAAGGACAAGAGGACGAGGCCCCAGGGCUGGGCCGAGGGCCUGCCUGUCCACCCUUCCCCGGGACCUGCUCAAUAAAGCCUGGGGCCGGUCCCCCACCUGCCA